CGCUGAAAAAUAUCUCUUCCGGUUGUCAAACUGAUUGAAAGUUGCAGCACAUUUUUGCACGGCGGUCGUAAUUUCUAUCAAAAAACACCAUAAAAAAUGGCUUUCGGUGAUGUUAAAACCCCAAAAGGUCUUGAAGAAUUAAAUAACUUCUUGGCUGAUAACAGUUACAUCAGUGGCUACACGCCAUCAAAGGCCGACCUCUCGGUGUUCGAAACACUUGGAAAGGCCCCAGCCAGUGGUGUUCACGUCCAACGUUGGUACAGACACAUCGCCUCCUUCACCGCCGCCGAAAGAGCCGCCUGGGGCGGACAGGCUCUUCCACAGACAGCUGGCGCCAAGCCCACAGUUGCAGCUGCUGCUGACGAUGACGAUGACGUCGAUCUAUUCGGAUCUGACGACGAAGAAGAAGAUGCCGAAGCAGCCCGCAUCCGUGAGGAACGUGUCGCCGCUUACUCUGCCAAAAAAUCAAAGAAACCCGCCCUCAUUGCCAAAUCGUCCGUCCUGCUGGAUGUCAAACCCUGGGAUGACGAAACUGACAUGAAAGAAAUGGAAAAGCAUGUCCGCACUAUUGAAAUGGACGGUCUUUUGUGGGGUGCUUCUAAACUCGUUCCAGUUGGUUAUGGCAUCAACAAGUUGCAAAUUAUGUGCGUCAUCGAAGAUGACAAGGUUUCAAUUGACUUGUUGACAGAAAAGAUCCAAGAGUUUGAAGACUUUGUACAAUCUGUUGAUAUUGCAGCUUUCAAUAAGAUCUAAAAAAAAAAAACAUUAUCAUCGAAUUUAGAUCUGGGAAUCAACGAGAUUUGUUAUAGUCUUGAACUCUUUGUUCAAUUCAGUUGAAAAAAAAAAUAAGAAAUUUUAAACAAAAAAAAAAAAAAAAAUGCCUUGAUUAAAAAAAUACUAUUU